AUGGGUCUACCUUGGUACACACUAGUACUACAAAUUGAAGGUAUAUUUUAUGGUGAGAACUUACUACAGCCUCUCUUACAGAAUCUAGAACAAAAAUACCAGGAAUGGCCUGAACAUCAACAAACAGAAGCCAGAAAAGCAUUAAAUAAUAUAAUAGAUAGCCCACUUAUAACUUUGCAGAACCCCCAAGUAGUUCGUACUAAAGGACGUCCUUUUGGUGCUCAAAAUUGGCAACCAACUAGCUCAACAACAAGAGACUUCUCUGGUUUUGAGUUGGUUGAUAAUAAAGUGAGGCAAUAUAGUAUUUGCAAACAGUCUGGUCACAAUGCUCAUACUUGUUUAAAUAGAAGUACAGAAUAA